AAAACUUAACAAAACCCCUAAUUACUUUCUGUGCUCGUGGCAUAUUCGCAUAGACUUCACCUCCAAGGCAAUAACAUUCCGUGAGUGUCUUAUAAAUAUUAGCAUUGCUUUGCCAUCAUCUUCACAGCAACAUUUCAUCCCUUCACAACCUCAAAAACACCUAACGAAAAUACCCAGAAUGGCCGAAGGAGUACUCUUUGAUAUUGCUGGGGAGAUCAUUAAGAAGCUGGGUUCUCGAGCCCUGCAAGAGAUUGGAGUGUGGUGGGGUGUCAAAGAUGAGCUUAAGAAACUCAAAGGCACAGUCUCCAGAAUUCGGGCUGUACUUCUUGAUGCUGAGAAGAAGGCUGCCCUCAACGAACAAGUCAAAGAUUGGCUUGGAAAGCUUCAAGAAAUUGUUUAUGAUGCUGAUGACUUGAUAGAUGACUUUGCCACUGAAGCUUUGCAGCGCCAAGUGAUGACUGGAAAUAGAAUGACAAAGGAGGUAAGCCUUUUCUUUUCUUCUUCGAAUCGGCUUGUUUAUGGUUUUAAGAUGGGUCAUAAAAUCAAGGCAAUUAGGAAGAGAUUACUUCAGAUAGAUGCUGAUACAGAAUCAUUCAACUUAGAGGUUCACAAUGAGGAGAGGGGUUAUACAACUAAGGUCAGGGAUCAAACUGAAUCCUCUGUGCCUGAAGUUGUUAUUGGGAGAGAGGGUGACAAAACGGCAAUUAUAGAAUUUCUGUUGGCUUCCAACAGUGAAGAGAAUGUUUCAGUUCUCUCAAUUGUUGGAAUUGGGGGAUUAGGGAAGACUGCACUUGCUCAAUUCAUAUUCAAUGAUGAGCAAGUUAGGAAACAUUUUGAAGUAAAGUUGUGGGUUUGUGUAUCAGAUCCUUUUGAUGUGAAAAUGAUUGUUAAAAAAAUCUUAGAGUCUGCAAAGGGUACAAAGUCAGAAGAACUUGAGCUAGAGACAUUGAAAACUGACCUUGGAAAAAUUAUUAACGGACAAAAAUAUAUGCUAGUGUUGGAUGAUGUAUGGAAUGAAAAUCGUGAAAGAUGGGAUAGUUUGAAGAAAUUAUUAGUGGGUGGUUCUGGCGGGAGUAAAAUAUUAGUAACCACUCGCUCUAGAAAAGUAGCAGAGGUAGCUAGCACAGUGGAACCCUACGUUUUGAAAAGCUUAUCUCCAACUGAAUCUUGGUCUUUGUUCCUUCGAGUAGCUCUCAGAGCACAAGAACCAAAAGAUUCAAGUGUUAAAAAAACAGGGGAGGAGAUUGUUAGUAAAUGUGUUGGAGUUCCCCUUGCAAUAAAGACAAUUGCAAGUAUUUUAUGCUUAAAAAAUCCAGAAACUGAAUGGUUAGUUUUCUUACAAGAGGAACUCUCUAAGAUAGCUCAGAAUGAGAAUGACAUUUUGCCAACCCUUAAAUUGAGUUAUGAUCAUCUGCCAUCACAUUUGAAGCAUUGUUUUGUAUAUUGUGCAUUAUUUCCCAAAGAUUAUGUGAUUGAUGUGAAAACAUUAAUUCAUCUUUGGAUUGCUCAAGGAUUCAUUGAGUCAUCAAAUUCAAGUCUAUGUGUUGAAGACAUUGGGCUACAGUAUUUUACAGAGUUGUGGUGGAGGUCAUUUUUUCAGGAAGUAGAGAGGGAUGAAUUAGGCAAUGUAGAAAGUUGCAAAAUGCAUGAUUUGAUGCAUGACCUCGCAACUUCAGUUGCUGGGGAGGGCAUUUGCAUAAUAAAUUCUAAAGAAAAAAGCGUUGAUGAAAGUGUCCGUCACGUAUCAUUUGACUUCUGCUUAAAUUCAUCCCAACAAAUUCCUGCUGGAUUAUGCAAUGCACUAAAAUUGAGAACGUUUUUUUUGCCACGUCAUGAAUUUCCUAUUAGAGAGGGUGAUGUAAGUAAGUUGUCAAUCUCUAAAGUUAUUGUUCCAAACUUUAGAGAGUUACGGGUGUGUGAUAUGAAUCGGGCAAAGAUUGAAAAAGUGUCCAAUUCCAUAAAUAAACUAAAACAUCUAAGAUAUCUUGAUGUUUCUACUAAUGUGAACAUCGUAGCACUUCCAAAUUCUAUUACGAAUCUACAAAAUUUACAAGUGCUAAAUGUCACCAAUUGUAGUAGGCUGAAGGAACUGCCUAAAGAUAUUAAAAAACUGAUUAAUCUUAGGCAUUUGUAUUGUGUUGGCUGUUCGAAUUUGACCCAUAUGCCACGUGGGCUUGGGCAAUUGACUUCACUUCGAACGUUGACAUGGUUUGUAGUGGCAAAAGAUAAUUCAGUGGCAAAGAAUGUUGGAGGAUUAAAUGAAUUGAAUAGCCUCAACAAUUUGAGAGGAUUUCUUCAAAUUAGAAAUUUGGGAUAUGUGAAAAAUGGGAUAAUAAAUCCUAUUUUGGAAGACAAGUCGCUUCUUCAAUCAUUGUUUUUGUGGUCGGAUCCAAAUGAUGAUGCAAAUGUUCAAAGUGAAGAAAUAGCAUUCCAAAAUCUCCAACCGCAUCCUAAUCUUAAAGAGUUAGUAGUGGAGAAGUACAGAGGCACGAGGUUACCAAGUUGGUUUUCUUCCCUCACAAAUCUUGUCAAUAUUAGGUUACUGAAUUGCAGAUGUCAGCAUCUCCCACCGCUGAAUCAAAUCCCUUCACUUCAAAUGUUAGAGACUUGGGGAUUACGUGAUUUAGAAUACAUAGAAAUUGAGGGACAAGGAGCAUCAUUCUUUCCAUCCCUCAAGGUUCUAAUAUUGCGGGCUUCUCGUAAGCUGAUAGGAUGGCGGAUGAAGAGGUAUGAAGACGACAGUGAUGAUUCAACCACCAUAUCAUCACCAGACCUACUCCAAUUUCCUAGUCUUUCUGAAUUCCACGGUGUUGAUUGCCCUAAUUUGAGUUUGAUCCCUCAGUUUCCAUCUCUCGAUGAAGAAUUAGAAUUGAGGAAAGUGAGCGUGCAACUUGUGCAGCAAAUAUUCACAACAUCAACUUCUUCUUCUUCUUCCUCAAUCGUUCCUCCUCUUUCUAAAUUGAAGAAGCUCAUUAUUGGGGUCAUUAAGGAUCUCGAAUUUCUACCUCCAGAUGGACUGCACAAUCUCACUUCUCUUCAACAAUUAGAGAUUCGGAAUUGCCCAAGAUUAACAUCUCUGCCUCAAGAGAUGCGUUCCCUCACCUCUUUACGAGAAUUGACAAUUAGUGGUUGUCCCCUGUUGAGCGAAAGAUGUGCAGAUAAAAAGGGUGAGGAUUGGCCUUUUAUUUCUCACAUCCCAAAUGUUGAAGUUGAUGGCAAGAGAAUUCAAUGGGAGGGCUGCUAUCUACUAGAGGACGAAGAAAAAUCUUCUACCACAUCUGAAAAUUGAAAUGAUAAGUUAUGAAGAUUAAUUGCUGCCUCCUUCUUGAAAAACGUGUAUGAAGUUCUGGAGGGGAACUUCUAACUCAUUGACUCUAUCGGCAGUGGACAGCGGUAAAAACGCAAGAAAUACAAUUAAGUUGCAGAAGGAAUGCUGGUUAUAGAACAAGACAAUAUAUGAGAAACUCCGGAGCUGCAAUUACAACCUCGCCGCUAUUCCAAAUGUGUUAGAAGCGGAAAAUAUUUAGUGAAUCUCUGUGGAAGUGUUCUGGUUGCAACUUCGGUUUCUGCGAUACGCAUUGGCAGGAGGUUCCGUGGUUAACUUUCUUCCCUCACAAAUCUUCAGCAGUUAACCAUUUUGGGAAUAGAGUCUUUGCCUUGACAGAUGUGUGGAGAAUCAAUUUUGACAACUCAUCAAUUAUUGAGCAAUUUGGUGAUUUGUUACUGCAGUGCUUCUCACAUUCAUCUUAAAUAUUGCAAAGAGUUCUAACUGUAUACAUAACCUGCAGUCACUUAUCGACACUGGAAAUGGGAGAUCAAGGACAGAUUAUAUUCCCAUAGUUUCUUGGACCAGAAAUAUGAGUGAUUUGAGAAUGUUUUCAUCACAAAAAUGAAAUCAGUGUACAUCUUUUGUCCUUGUGUACCUCAAAGCUUCCUGCGUCUAAUUCAUUUCAUCGGUACAUGGAAUUCCUCUUCGUCAAUGUUACUAUUAAUUUUAAGAUUCAGCCUCGUGCCAUAUUCAUCCAUGAAGUGGAUAGAUAGCAGUGGCCAUCCUACAAGGCCUUCAAGGAGAUAGGCUUUGCAUGGAGCAGCAAAAGUGUCAGCUUAUUUCGUCUUAAAACAUUUUAAAGAUCAGAUUUGAAUGUUCAGUUAACAAACUGAAGCAGAGAAGAUAUCAAGACAAUGACUACAAUCUGAUAAUGCAAUUGGACUGAUGAUACGAAUCAUUUGUCAAGGGGGAAAAGAAGAAGACUUCAUGCAGUUGUUAAUCAUUGGUUGUCCCCAAUCGAAAGAAAGAUGUGGAAAUUGGCCUUUCAUUUCUCACAUCCCAAAUAUUCAAUUUGAUUGGGAAAGAAUUAAAUGCACAUGAUAAUGAAGGACGAGAUGAUGUGAAGGAUAAUUAUUCUAUGCACAACAAAUUUAGCCACUCUAUUCCUUGGGGAAAGAGUAAUAAACUGGCUCAUCAAGAAAGAGGAGUCCCAGGAUUACUGUUUAUUUACAUCCCUGAAAUUCUAAUAAAUUGGAAAGUGUUGAACAAAUGCAGACAGUGCUCAGCGCAUUAGCAGGUCAUGCUUCUAUCCACUGUAUUCUUUAUAGUAGAGUCUACUUCCAAAAGAUUCAUACACAGGUACUUGUCCUUCUAUCUCGGUAAAACAUUUAAAAGUUCAAGAAUAAAACUUCUAACUCAUUGAGCAAACAUAUUUAUCUUGGUCAUUUCACUAUUUUCCUAACUUGGGUUUCUUUUCCAGGGAAUUUUGGUGCAUAUUCAAGUCAAUGUGAUCAUUAGUGAUCUAGUUUUGCUGGAUUUUAAGAAUUUUGCAUGGAAUUUCACUUGUGCACAUCUCUGAAAAUUCCAUAAUGGUGGUUACAGAACAAAACGAGAAAUGAGGAGCUCCAGUGCUACAAUUACAACCUUGCUAUGCUUUUCCAAAUAUAUUAGAUAUGUCAUAUUCUUGGAGUUUUGUUUCUUUUCUUUUUCUUCUUCUUCGAUCAUUCCUCCUCUUUCUGAUUUGAAGAAGCUCUGAUUUGCCACAUAGAAGAACUCGUGCCACAUAGAAGAACUCGUGCCACACAGAGGCAUGAGGUUUCCAAGUUGGGUUUCUUCAAAUCUUGUCAAUAUUAAGUUACUGGAUUGCAGAUGUCAGCAUCUCCCACCAUUGCAUCAAAUCCCUUCUCUUCAAAACUUAGAGAUUUCGGGAUUAAAUGAUUUAGAAUACAUAGAAAUUGAGGGACAAGGAACAUCAUUCUUCCCAUCCCUCAAGUAUCUGAAAAUACAGUUUUGUUCUAAACUGAUAGGAUGGCGGAAGAAGAGGUAUGAAGAUGAUAGUGAUGAUUCAACCACCAUAUCAUCACCAGACCUACUCCAAUUUCCUCGUCUUUCUCGCUUCAUUUGUCAUUAUCGCCCUAAUUUGAGUUGGAUCCCUCAGUUUCCAUCCAUCGAAGUUUUAGAUUUGAGGGCAGUGAGCGUGCAACUUGUGCAGCAAAUAUUCACAACAUCAAUAUCUUCUUCUUCUUCUUCUUCUUCUUCCUCAAUCAGUCCUCCUCUCUCUAAAUUGGAGAAUCUUCAGAUUGAGGAGAUUGAGGAACUCAAAUCUCUACCGUCAGAUGUAUUGCAGAAUCUCACUUCUCUUCAAACUUUAAAGAUUAGUAAUUGCCCAAGAUUAACUUCUCUGCCUCGAGAGAUGUGUUCCCUAACAUCUUUAUGGGAAUUGGAAAUUGAUGAUUGUCCCCUAUUGAACGAAAGAUGCGCAAAUAAAGAAGGCGCAGAUUGGCCUUUCAUUUCUCACAUCCCAAAUAUUGAAGUUGAUUACAAGAGAAUUCAAUGGGAGGGCCGCUAUCGACUAAAGGACGAAGAAAAAAAUCUAGAGCUUCUGAAAUGGAAUGAUACAAUUUAAUGAAGAUUAGAUGCCUAAUAAUUUAGCUACUCUAUACCAUUGGAAAUCAGCGGUACUAACUUCUAGUUGAAAUAUCUUGUGCUUUGUGUUCUUGACAAGUGACAUAAAUGGAUAUGUAGGAUUAAUUUUGCACUGGAUUUUCACUUUAAUUUCUACAUAUACUGGCUUAUCAAGUAUGAGGAAUUAUAUCAACAAAUACUAAGACGCUGAAUCCAUUCGAAAACGUUGUUUCAUUUCAAGCAUUUUCUGAAGAAUAUGGAAGAAACGAAUUUGCUUUGCAUCUUGAAGCAGGUAUAAGGUCAUAGACUGCAGCUAUGACCCCACCAUUGUUCCCAUCUCCCUCUUCUACAGAAUUCUAACUCUGUAUAUGGUGACAUGCACGAAUCACUGCUCAAAUCUAGAGGAAAUUUUGGUGACGACUUACAACCAGAUGCUGGAUUCCCUUUUGAUAAUCGCUUCUUAGUCUUCAAUGGUGAUUAUGUUGACUGAGGCGCUUGAGGUCUCAAGACCUUGCUUUUGUUAGCUUGGAAGGAAUUGGCCUAUGCUUUUUGACUUAUUAAUUCAAAAGUCAACUUCUCUUGAGAAUAUGGAGGUUCUCAAAUAGGGAGAUUCCUGGAUGAAAAUAGAAAGGUUUAUAGUCAUUCAAGAUCUCAGUAUUAGUCACUGCAAAAAGUUCAAAAGCUAUUGGAGGGUAUUGGAGGGUGUCUAACUGUUAGGAGCACUUAUGUAGAAGGCAAAGAUUUCUUCUGGUAGCAGAUGUGUGAUAACUUGUCAAAAAUGCAUAGCUAAACAAACCUCACCACCUAUCCUGGUCAGUCAUUUAAACUUUAUUUUGUUGUGAUAGUUUUCUGCAGAUUCCACGCACUUCCAUGAACAAUUGGCAAUUGUUUGCGUGAGUUCUCUCUAACAAAUUGAAGCAGAGAAGAUAUCAAGACAAUGACUACAAUCUGAUGAUUUAACAGGUUGCUCUAACACAAGCCAUGUGAAAAGAAGAAGACUGCAUACAGUUGUUAAUCAUUGGUUGUCCCCAGUUGCAAGAAAGAUGUGGAAAUUGGCAUUUCAUUUCUCACAUCCCAAAUGUUCAACUUGAUUGGGAAAGAAAUAAAUGCACAGGAAAAUGAAAAUAGUGUGAAGGAUAAGUAUUCCAUGCACCACAAAUUUAGCAACUCUAUUCCUUGGGAAAAGAGCAAUAAACUGGCUCAUCAAGAAAGAGCAGUCCCUAGGUUACUGGUUUUUUACAUCCCUGAACUUCUAAUAAAUUGGUAAGUGUUGACCAAAUGCAAACGGUGCUGAGUGCAUUAGCAGGUCACGCUUCUAUCCAUUGUAUUCUUUGGAAUAGAGUCUACUUCAAGAAGAUUCAUACACAGGGAAUUUUGUUGCAUAUUCAAGUCAAUUUGAUCAUCAGUGAUAUAGUUUUGCUGGAUUUUAAGAAUUUUACAUGGAAUUUCACAUUGUCCGCAUCUCUGAAAAUUCCAAAAAGAAUGGUGGUUACAGAACAAAACAAGAAAUGAGGAGCUCCAGUGCUACAAUUACAACCUGGCUAUGCUUUUCCAAAUAUAUUAGAUAUGUCAUAUUCUUGGAGUCUUGUUUCUUUUCUUUUUCUUCUUCCUCGAUCAUUCCUCCUCUCUCUGAUUUGCCACAUAGAAGAACUCGAAUCUCUACUGCUAGAUGGACUGCAGAAUCUCACUUCUCUUAAUAAUUAGAGAUUUGGGGAUGCUCAAGAUCGGCGUCUUUGCCUUGAGCGAUGUGUUACCUCACCUCUGUUGGCUAUUGGUGGGUGUAGAGAUAAGAAUUGAUUGAGAGGAACAUGAGGAGAGGAAAAUUAUGAGCUUUGGGCUAUAUGAGCAGAGCAGACUUGAUCAACUUGACAAUCGGAAAGUCAAUUGUGGUCCGAUUCAGGCUGAUUUGUGGACAGCAGAUAGAGAACACUUGGAUCUACAUUCUGUAUGGUGAAAUUAUGCACUUUUCUACAUUUUCUCUUAUGUUUAAUCUCGUUGUUUUUUAGAUUAAUUUGUGUAGCUGCUAUGAGAAUUUGGAUGAGACAUUUGUAAUCUUAUUUUUAUCAUAGUGGAGAUCUUUGGUGGA